AUGCCACCUGCCCAUGAACACUCUGCAAACCAGGCUUCACUCGCACCUGAUGGCGAUCUGGAUCCAAACGACAGGGAGCAGCCAUUCACGAAUAACGACGACAACCACCAUGGAGAAAGAGACGAUUACGAGAUGGACUAUGGGACUGAUGGUAAUGUCGCCCCCGAUAUCAGCAGGGAUGCCAAUGAAAUGUAUCGUGACUAUCAUUUCGAACUUGAUGGUCAUAUAUGUGAUGCAGCGGGGAAUUUUCUUCCUCCAGACACGGAACCUCCUUCCUUGACCUCAAGACAACCCGGUGACUGGACUCCCUACCAUAAUCGAAUGGAGUUCAAAACCGCCAAAUUCCUGUACAAGAAGGUUCAGAUGUCUGCCAGUGAUAUCGACAAAUUGAUGCACCUCUGGGGCCUUGGUCUCACUCGUCAUGGAGAUGCCCCUCCAUUUGUGGAUCAUCGGGACCUGUAUUCGACUAUCGACAAAACGCCAAUUGGAGACGUCCCUUGGCAGAGCUUUUCGAUGAAGUAUAGUGCUGAUGAUGAUCCAAAUAGCAGUCUCACACCGUGGAUGGACGCAACGUACACUACGUGGUUCCGCGACCCACAUACUAUCAUCCAUAAUAUGCUAGGUAACCCCAAUUUUAAAAAUGAGAUAGAUUAUGCACCAUACCGGGAGUGGAAGGGAACAGGGGACAGCGCAACUCGCCAAUGGCGCAACGUGAUGUUGGGUGAUUGGGCCUGGGACCAAGCGGACAAUAUUGCUAAAGAUCCAGCUACGCAUGGCUCGAUGUUUGUCUCAGUUAUACUCGGAAGUGAUAAAACUACAGUCUCAGUGGCGACAGGUCAAAAUGACUACUACCCGCUGUAUGCCUCAAUUGGCAAUGUCCAUAAUAAUGUCCACCGUGCACACCGUAACACUGUAGCUGUUAUUGGCUUUUUGGCUAUUCCAAAAACGACUAAAAAACAUUCAGAUGACCCACAUUUCCGAAAGUUCAAGAAACAACUAUUUCAUUCUUCGCUCUUGAGGAUUCUGUCAUCACUCAAGCCCGCCAUGUCCAUCCCUGAAGUUGUCCAAUUUGGUGACGGACAUUUUAGACGUGUGUUGUAUGGUCUCGGUCCUUAUAUUGCCGAUUAUCCCGAGCAACUUGUCCUUGGUUGUGUCGUUCAAAAUUGGUGCGCAAAAUGUUUUGCUUAUCCUGAUAAUUUGGACUCUGGCGAAGGUGGCCUUCGUUCACAGGAAGUUGUAGAUACCCUUUGUGAAGAGGUUGAUUCUGGAGUGCUUUGGGAUGAAUGGGGGGUCAUCGGCGAGCUAGUACCAUUCACGAACGAUUUCCCCCAUGCCGAUAUUCACCAACUUCUCGCACCAGAUAUCCUGCAUCAAGUCAUCAAGGGAGCCUUUAAAGACCACCUGGUGGCAUGGGUCGAGCAGUACCUCGAGAAAGAGCAUGGAAAGGCACGUGCGAAGGAGAUCUUGGAUGAUAUCGACCAUCGAAUAGCUACAGCUCCGCCUUUCGCAGGACUUCGCCAAUUUCCACAAGGACGUGGAUUCUCGCAAUGGACAGGCAACAACUCAAAGGCACUCAUGAAAGUUUAUCUCCCUGCCAUUGAGGGGCACGACACUCUUCUGCAACUUUCCAACUGUCUUGAACGCUUUCAUCGAUACCGGCAAAUCUUUCAAGACACAGGUAUUCAAUUUGAUGGCUUUUCAUUGCCGCGUCAGCAUGCACUAUGUCAUUACUCAAUGCUUAUCCGUUUGUUUGGCGCUCCAAAUGGGAUAUGCUCCUCAAUAACCGAAUCAAAACACAUUAAGGCAGUCAAGGAGCCCUGGCGCCGUUCGAGUAAAUUUAAUGCACUCGGACAAAUGUUGCUGACUAACCAACGUCUCGACAAACUCGCUGCGUCACGUUCUGACUUCACCGCACGUGGAAUGCUCGACAACUCAUACAUUUCAGACCAUUUAGGUCAUCUUGAUAGGCUCGAGUCAGCCCGAGGCACCACAGAAACCAUGCAGGUGGAUGCCCCGAACGGCAACAACCACGAUGACAGUGGUGCUGGCGAUGGUAAGGGCAAGGAGGAGGGCAAGGAGGAGGGCGAGGGCGAGGAGGAGGAUGAGGGAGAGGACAUUCAGAUCAGCCCAACUGACCAGGCAGACUCGGAUCGCCCUCACUUGGAUGAGCCUGGUGAUGGCAUAUUGGAAGGUCCCAGAGCACAGUGUGAUGUUAAAUUAGCACAUACCCCUAAACGAUCUUGCGCAUGCAAUAUACGUGCAUUAGCAAAUGAGCUUGGCAUUCUGGAUCUCCCCCAUCUCGUUCGGCUUUUUUUAUAUGAUCAACUUCUGACAGAUGAUAUGCACACUUCUGACAAUGUCCCCCUCAGUGCAUGUCCAAGAUUCAAGGGCCGAGUUAAAGUAUUUAACUCGGCCGCUGCCACCUUUUUUGCACCGAGUGACCCAAGUGGUGUUGGUGGAAUGCGGCGUGAGCACAUUCGUGUGGUACCGUCAUGGCGUCGAGGCCCUGCUCAUAACGACACUGUCUUCAUCAAUACUGGCAGUGAAGAUGGGAUCAACGGGAUGGAAGUCAGUCGUGUUCUUGGAAAGACCUUCCCCUGCGCCCUCAUCCACUGGUUCAAACUCUUUGCAAAUGAGCCGAAUCCAGACACCGGCAUGUGGAUGGUACGACCUUCUUUCCAUGCGGAGUCAAGAAGUCGAGAGCUCUCCAUUGUCCAUGUUGACACCAUCGUCCGUGCAUGUCACCUUUUACCUAUUUUUGACACUCAUUUUACUCCGGAGCAUAUUAUGCUUCAUAAUAUCUUAGACUUAUGGCCCAGUUUUUAUGUUAACAAAUUUAUGGAUCAUCACAUGUUUGAAAUAGCAUCUUGA